UGUGAGAGAAUACAGAAAACCCUAAUCGGACCUCCCCUCCGUUCUUCUACGUCCCGUCAAGAUUGGUUGCCCUAAUCGCCCCUUCAAUAAGUUUAGGGAAGGUUUCGAUUCCGGUGGCGCAACGACAAUGGGUAGGAGGAAGAAGCUGGAGCCGAAGCUCGAUCUGGAGGAUAUGGAGGGAGCAGAGAUGCUCCCCCAGCUUAAGUCCGAGGCGGCAGCUGUCAGCAGCAGCGACGACGAAGAAGCGAACGAGGACAUGAGCCUUAAAAUCGUCGAGAAGGCGCUUCUUAUGCGCGCGGCGAAGCUUGCCCCUGCCCCUCUUAGUGGCGUCGUAUCAGGCGAUGACGACACCGAUAGCGGCGGGGCCGUCGGGUUGGGGAAAGGUGAGGCGGGUAAGGAGGAGGAGGAGGAGGAGAAGAGGAGGAGGAGGAGAGACAAGCCUACAGUGAAGAAAGUGGAAAGUCAAGAACAAAUUGCGAUUGCCCUUGAAGAAGAAGAAGAAGAAGAAGAAGAAGAAGAAGAAGAAAAUGAAGAAGAAAAGGAAGAGGCUGUUGGAGCAACAGAGGUUGUGGAAUCUACGGAUCCGAAUCCUGUCGAGGCAGCAGAUAACAUGGUGCUGCGGAAGCUUCUCCGGGGCCCAAGGUACUUUGACCCUCCAGGUAAUAGUUGGGGAACGUGCUAUAAUUGCGGUGAAGAAGGUCACGCAGCAGCAAAUUGUUCACAGAAGCGGAAGAGACCAUGCUUUGUUUGUGGGAGUUUGGAGCACAAUGCCAAAGACUGCGGGAAGGCAAACUGCUUUAUCUGCCAAAGCAGUGGCCAUAAAGCAAAGAAUUGUCCAGAGAAGAAGAAACGUAGCUCGCAGGCUGAUAAGAUAUGCUUAAAAUGUGGGAUGUCUGGACAUGAUAUGUUCCUCUGCAAGAAUGACCAUUCCCCCGAAGAUCUUAAGGAGAUACAAUGUUACAUCUGUAAGAACUUUGGCCAUCUGUGCUGUCUUGAUUCUGUUGAUACUGAAAGAAGUGAGAUAUCCUGUUACAGAUGUGGUCUGCUGGGCCACACUGGCUCGGCAUGUGGAAGGGCACGUAGUGGGAACCAAGGUGAAGCAACACCGAGUUCAUGCUACAAAUGUGGUGAAGAAGGACAUUUUGCACGAGAAUGCACAUUUAAGGUGAGCACUAGUCUUCGUGAGAGAACCCGAGGUGAAGCAACAGCAAGUUCAUGCUACAAAUGUGGGCAAGAAGGACAUUUUGCUAGAGAGUGCACAUUUUCAACCAAGCUCAGCACCAGUUUACCAGAGCGAAGUCAAGGGGAUGCUACACCAAGUUCAUGCUAUAAAUGUGGACAAGAAGGACAUUUUGCUCGAGAGUGCUACUCUGCAAACAAGUGGGGCAGUGGUUUACGUAACGGAUACCAUGAUGAAGCAACACCAAGUUCAUGCUACAAGUGUGGGCAAGAAGGACAUUUUGUGAGGGAGUGCAAAUCCUCGGCCCAGUUGCGCAAGAGAAAUCGAGAACCAUCAACACCGGUUUCAAGGUUUUACGAUCAAGAUAUGGACUACUCAGGGUUGAACUCUCCUAACAAUUCUAAAAAGUUGAGUAAGAAGAAAAAGAAAAAUGACACUGAUGGUAGCACAGCAAAGUCACACAAAAAGAAACAAAGAGGCGGGUGGAUCAGUGAGAUCCCGGAAUCACCCAAUAUCAAAAAGUCCACGAAGAACAAUGGUAGGGUCUCUCCUGCAGCACCAUCUAAUGGUAGUGGCCGGAAUCUUUACUCUCCGUCUCCGAAGAAGCUGCUGAAUUCUCAGUAUGGAGAUGCUUCCGAGCCCAGAUAUUCAGCUUCGAGGUUCAGUAACUCAAGAAGUGACUCAAUAAGGAGAAGAUAUGACUGGUGGUAGCGAGAAGCAGUUCUAUGUAUCAGAUGGGGUAGCCAUUGUAGACACAGGAGACCACUAUAAUAGCUCUUGGGUCGCCUUUUGUCCUGGGAAGUGUGAGCAGCUCCACUACAGCUGAUCAUUAAAUUAUUUGAAACUCAUCGAGUAGUUGGUCCGAUCCAGCUUAGCUGGUUCAUUCUUUGGCCUGGAUAAAUUCGCCUGCUGGUUUGGGAUGACAAAGUAGUUUACGAUUUUGUUUGGAGAUAUUUAUACUGUAUCUGGGGGAUAUCCCUGAGGAUGGUCCCGCUCGUUUGGAUGAUCAAGUGGCGACUUUGCAUUCCGGAAUGCAGCAGCUACCUGGCCUCCUCUUUGUUGUACACUUGCAGAUGCAGUCCUGCAAGAGUUAACUUUCUAUUCUGGUCUUUCAAAUUUAUAGAGCAUAAAUGUUGAUUUAUUCAAGUUGUUUUGUCUUA